AAACAAGGAAAUUGAUGUUCAUAAAAAUAUCCAUUGAGGUCUAUUUACAACACACACAACGUCACACUUGGUUGCUUUUGAUAUAAACAGUCAAGUGUCGUCACAUGUUCAGAUUGAUCAGCUGUUUGGCACCUGCUUCACAUGUUUCCGCUGGCAGGGCAGGCAAACGCGAACGUGACUUCCGCUUAUUUGUUGCUGCUGAUGUAUCCCAUCCUUGGCGGUGGACUCCCUCCAUAGAGCACAGGAAAAUGGUUAAUACAAAAAGAAGUAAAGAAAAGCUCACAUUUCACCUGCAGGCAAUUUGUGACUGAAAUUUUCUUUACAAUAGUGGAAUUAAAUGAAGUUGAAAUUUAAUGACAGAAGAUCAAUAUAAACAAAAUUUGAGCCAUGGAGAUGCUACAAUGGAAAAAGCAUCAAUAUAGACUUAUACUUCCUACUACGGAUGGUCUCCAGUCAAAUUCCUAUACGAAUAUUAUAAACUGCAGGCUGAAAAGAAGGUGUCAUUACAAGAAAUGCAUCGCUAUAUUUCUAAUAUGCAUACUUCUACUAUCAAUAUUUGUACUGUUCCUGAUACAAGUUAUAGAUCCUUAUUCUUUCAACGUUGAUAUGUUAUCACAGAAAGGAACUCCACUGCAAUGUAUAUUACUUGGAACACUGUUUUUCAAUGCGGGUUAUACCCAGAUUAUUAACCCUUGUGACAGCGAAAUCUACUGCUAUGGACCUCUUUUGUCGAGUGCUCAGUUUGCUCAUAUUGAGAAGGAUUCGAAAACAUUUGUCGAUAUGAAAAUGAAAAACACAUCAGAUAUAAUUCUACAAGAAUUUGACGACCUUCAAAACCGAACUGGGGGAAAUCCAACUGACGCAGAAAUGACCAGUUUUGUUAACGCUAAUUUUGAGCCUGUCGGUAAAUUAGAAGACGACACUUCUUUGGAACUCGAAAAAUGGACACCGCAAGAUUGGACAGAAACGCCUGUCUUCCUUGAAUCCAUAGCAGACGAUCGUCUCAAAUCAUGGGCUUCUCAUCUUAAUAAAUUGUGGAAAGAACUCGGAUGCAGAAUUAAAGACGAUGUUAAAAAUAACAAUCAUUUAUACAGUAUGAUUUACUCGUCACAUCCAAUCAUUGUGCCAGGCGGAAGAUUCCGAGAAUUUUAUUAUUGGGAUAAUUAUUGGAUAAUUCGUGGUCUUUUAUUGAGCGAAAUGUUCGACACUGUGAAAGGUUCUAUACGCAAUUUUCUUGAUUUGGUGAACAAAUAUGGUUUUGUACCGAACGGAGGUCGGAUCUAUUACACAAGAAGAAGUCAGCCUCCAUUUUUGACGCUCAUGGUCCGCGAAUAUUUCAAUAAAACAGGCGACACCGACUUUCUCGUCGAAGCCCUUCCUACUCUAAAACGUGAAUACGCUUUCUGGAUGACCCAAAGAAAUGUAAUAGUUGAAGAUAAUGCGGGAAAUUCUCAUGUAUUGAACAGAUAUGCAUCUGAUGUAAAUCAACCUAGACCUGAAUCGUACAGAGAAGAUUAUAAUUUAACCUUGGGGCUUGAUGAAGCCGCUGGUGCUGAACUCAUGAGUCACAUGACAUCGGCUUGCGAAUCUGGCUGGGAUUUUUCAUCGCGAUGGACAGGUUCGUGUUAUGGGAACGAUACUGAAUUACUGCGAAAUCUCCGAACAAGAGAUAUUGUACCGGUUGAUUUGAACAGCAUUUUGGCGACUGUAGAAAAAGCGUUGGCGGACUUCAACUCCAUAAUAGGUAACAACACAGAAUCGGAGAAGUACAUGACAGCGUACGACGUUCGCCGAGAAGCAAUUGAAAAAAUAUUAUGGAACGAAGAAGAUGGUGUUUAUUACGAUUAUUUAAUAUCUCAAAAAGCACAUAAUAGACAAUAUUUUGCAUCAAAUGUCAAUCCAUUGUGGACCAAAUGCUAUCCUGAUUCAAUCAACGUACAAACUCGUGAACAAAGACUUCAUCAAUACCUAAAAUCUACUUUGCACAAAGACGGAACGUCUGUGUUAGAUUUUCCUGGUGGAAUUCCAACUUCUCUAAACGAAAGUGGAGAACAGUGGGACUUUCCGAAUGCUUGGCCUCCAUUGGUGCACAUGAUCAUAGAAGGAAUGGCGAAUAGCGAUGUGACUGAACUUCAAACUGAAGCGUUCGAUCAGGCACAGAAAUGGAUCACUACAAAUUGGAGGGGUUACAAUAUUUCAGAAGAACAAUGGAUGUUCGAAAAGUACAUUGUCACACGUGAUGACGGUGUACCGGGUGCUGGUGGUGAAUAUGACGUACAAGCUGGUUUCGGAUGGACGAACGGUGUUGACAUGGUUUUAUUGGACAGAUAUGGCGAAAAACUGACCGCCGAACCAAAAACCGAUAUUACCUCGACGGUACCGAAUGAACAAAUGACGACUACGUCCUCAGCUACUAACACACUAUCCACGAUUGCCACGGCAGCACCCUUGGCUAUUGCAGCCGCCAUUAUUGGAAGUGUGUAGGAAAAAUCAGCAUCAUAAUUCUGGGCGCUAUUGUGACCAAACAACGCCUCGUAUCAUUUUCUGAGUGAAACAUAAUUUAUUUUGUUUUUAAUUUAAAUUGUUCCAAAUGAUUGUGUACUGAAUACUUGUUUAACUUUUAGACAACGCUUUGGACAUAUACUACCUGUAUGAAAAAAUUUCUUGUCUGGUUCCCUGGUUAGUUUUUUCAAACCUCAAAUCCAACGCGGCCGAUUUUUGAACGCCCUCUAAAAUUUAUAAUUAUCAUAAGAUUCCAUUUCUUUUGCCAAUAUUUUCUACAUUAUUUUUUUCUAAGUAUUCUUCCAAACGCGUUUCUUCUACCAUGCCUAACCUGUAUGAAAAAAAUUCUUGUCUGGUUCCCUGGUUAGUUUUUUCAAACCUCAAAUCCAACGCGGCCGAUUUUUGAACGCCCUCUAAAAUUUAUAAUUAUCAUAAGAUUCCAUUUCUUUUGCCAAUAUUUUCUACAUUAUUUUUUUCUAAGUAUUCUUCCAAACGCGUUUCUUCUACCAUGCCUGUUUCAAGUUCGUUGUGCCAUUAUUACCAAUUACAGCAGUAUUAUAUUAUUCAAGCCCUCAAUAUUGCGGAAUUUUGAUUUAAUUAUGGUAUCUCGAAAAUAUAACGCAAAGCAAUUGCAAAAUUAUAUUUAUGUAUUCAAUUUUUCAAGAGCAAUUAAUUGUUAUUUUUUAUUAUACUAUUGCAACAAUACUUCGAGUACUAGGAAUUUAUUUGGAAAAUUAAAAAUUUUCAACUUCCUUCGUCAUGUGAGAUCCAUAUGCAUAUUUUAAAUAUUUUGAGCAUUGCUAACUUAUCUUGUUUUAUUUAUCAAGUGAUGGUCCCAGCUGACCGCAUAGGACAUAAGUGACAAUUGGUUUUCAUUUCAUAUAUACUCCCUGUCAAUUGUCGUUUCAGAUUUUGUCAUGUUAAUAGUAACUAAUAUUUUAUUGGCUUUUUCGAAUUUUUUGUCAUUUUUAGAUUUUCUGUGCACUUUUUAAAUAUAUACAGUAGAUAUAUACCUGAAA